UAGGAGAGGUAUGGUUUAGUCUAGGCAAUGAUUUCUGAAAGCCCUGUAUUUUCAGUUUUUAUUUAUUUUAUUUUGAGUUUAAUGUUAAGGAUAGUGAUUGAGUUGUCAUUGUGCAUUAUCCUAACUUUGGCUUAAUCUAUGCGACUAAUAUAUUUGUUAAUCUAGAAAACUUUGUUCAACUUCUAUAAAAAUCUGUAGUGCAUUUGGUUCAUAGAAAUAGUGAUCUUAUUCCUAUUCCAGAAGACUGUUCCUAGUUUGGUUGCAAAAAUAAACAUGAAAAACUAGUUCUCAUGGAACAGAAAUUCCUAGGAUAUUUCUUACUUUCUUCUAAGAAUAGUUAUUCUUUUUCUGAUUCACUUUUCUAAAAUUAUUAAAAAAUAUUUAUUUUAAACAAGCAAAUUAGGUUGAAUAAGCUGAGCUGACUAGUCAAGUUGAUCAACUACUUGAUUUCAGAAUUGAUUGGUCAAUCUGGACGUGUAGAUUGAGUUGGUUGUGAUAGUUUGGUUGAGUUGAGUGGGCUAAAUGGUUUCGAUUGUCUAGACAAACCCAUUGUAUUGAGCAGUGCAAAUAUGAUGGACAAAAUCUGCAAGUACAUGACUAUCAUCAAGUAAUAAAAUAUUAAUUCCAUAGGGACUGUACAUCGAGUACCAGUCAGAAUCGUGAAAUAGACUAUCUAGAACAAUUGAACUUGUGAGAAUCAUGAGAGAAAGAAAAUGAAUUGAGAAAGCAACUGGAGUCUUAGGAGAAAAUCGAUUUUGGGGAGCAACUAUAAGAUUUUGAUUUUGCCACGAUGACUGUUGACACCAUAAAUAUUAUUCACUCUCUUAUCUUAAUGUUGGCAUGCAUGAAGGUGGUCUAUCCCGAGGUAACAUGUAUAGACUCUUGGAAUUAUAUCGGCAUGCUUACCCAAACACGACACCUACUUUCAAGGUAGCCUUACUAAAGCGGCCGCUUUCUCAAGGAGACUCUUAUCAAGAUGCACCACAGUCCUCUAGGUGUUAUCCCCUACUUCGUGACGUUGAAUGGAGGUAAAUCUAUUAAGCUUUGUGAUAGCCAAUAGUGCUUUCAUGAGAUUUUGGACUACUUUUGUGAACAACAUCUCAAGUCUCGGUCUUUAUGGGUUAGAGAGUUCGAUUCACCUUUCGGCCAUUCCUUGCGUCCCGUGGGAUAUAAAGAUAUAAGUUAGCAUUAUAAUCAUGUAUGUGCAAUAAGGUCGGAUCAUGGAUCAACACAUCAUAUAGUACAAGAAAUAUGAAUAUACAUAAAUCGAAUGUCAAUCAAUCAAGCUACUCCCUCAUCCUAGAAUUUAGAGCACUACUCCAUGGAGAUGGAGUUACAACACAAAGACAAGGAAGAAGACAUUCUAUAACUCAAAAUCAAGGAGAAAAAGAUAAGAGAAUGCUUAGUCAUGUGUCGAUCGUCGUCUUCGGAUGAAUUUGAAGCUCGAUAGUGGACAGAACUCCGAUGGCUCAUUAGAAACAACUCUCCUAGGGUUUCCAGUCAUGGGGAAACAUCUCCUUUAGGGAGGGGAGAAUCCCUUGAUCCCUUGAUUCCCCCAAUAGAUGCCCCCUUGUUUCUCUUCAAGGAUACCAAAAGUAACAAACUUUCCUACAAAGUUAGGGGCUCUUUCCUAAAAUGCAAAAUAUCCCAAAAAAUAUGGGGAGUGCUGAUCACGAGCCACGACCGUGUUGGGAGGCACGACCUAGCCGUGUUGCUCCAAUUCAAAAAAAAGGGGGUUAGACAUGUUCUUGCUAUGUGGCACGGCCAGACCGUGACGCUAGCUAGGUCGACGAACACAGUUGUUCUUGUGGUCCCGACUUGGGUGUGUCAAAGGCUAACCAAACUAUUUCUUCGGCAAGAGGGGGAACGAUUGUACCUGUGGACAUGGCCACCCCAUGUCAGACUUUGCAAACUCCAUUGCUACUGUGCAAAGAGCAAUUCUCGGAACUAAAAGUGUGAAAAUAAUGCAAAAGAGAUGAAAGUAUGCAAAAUAUGCUCAUGUGAUGAAACAAAUGUAUGCAAAAGAAUACCAACAAUUAUGCAUGAAGCACACACGUUAAAUACCCCAAGACUUAAAAUUUUGCUUGUCCUCAAGCAAAACUUGUAAUCUAAAUUCAUGUAUGUGAGCAAUGCAUCAUAAUCCCUAAUGAAUCCAUCUAAUCCUAUCAUGCAGGUUCACUAAUAAGCAACGAUAAACGAAUUGUCCCAAUGUUCCUAAGUGAAAGUUUUCCAUACUAUCAUAAUCCCUAAUGAAUCCAUUUAAUCCUAUCAUGCAGUUUCACUAAUAAGCAACGAUAAACGAAUUGUCCCAAUGUGGCCUAAGUGAAAGUUUUCCAUACUAAGUGUAAAAGUGGCUUAACUCUCAAGUUUCAAUCUCUAAUCUUAGUUAAGUCGUCAUCUAGCCAUGCUCUAAUUCCUCUGACAAUGGGCACUUACAUGCCACAUGCAAGUUUCGGCCCCUCAAGGUGUUAUGCACUGUCUACACAAAGUUUCAAAAAAGUACUCGGUAUCGAGAGAAACUGAUACAUAUUUUCCCAGUAACCUAAUUUGGUCUUAAAGGGAUACCAUAUCGUUUUUACUCACGAUAACUAUUUUUUAUCCCUUUUUUUCACACUACUCAAAAUUUUUUUUUCUUGUCACACGUUUCUCUUUUUUUUUUUAAAUUUUUUUCAGGAUUUUAAUUUUUUUCCAAUGAGUACAACGAUCCGAGUUUUCUUCAAUAACCAAAAUGCAAUGAGAGGUCACCUAGGAAACAAAAGUACAAGUCCAACUCUAUGAAUCAUAACUAUUCUCAGAUACAUAUCAACUUUCAAGAUCAAGCAUAACAUGAAAAGAUCGUUAGACAUACAAGUAGGCCAACACUAAAACUCUUUUGACUAAACAAUGCUCAAAUCAUUCUGCUAUCGAUAGAAGGAAAUAGAUUGCUAAGCAUACAAACACACUAUCACAAAAUCAUGCUUGAGUCAUGUUAUAAGAACAAACAAAUAAAUUCAUGAUGAUGUAUCUUUGCUUAGCCUAGUCAACUUUCAUUGUGGAGACAAUAGUGACGAUGUCCUUGUUGGUCGCUUUUCACUUUCCCUUCUCCGUGUCGUCGUUUGAGCAUCUUUAUCCUAAACAAAGUUCUUUUGGGCCUCAACAAGGGCUUUUUUCAAGUCUGAAACUAAGUCAUUACAGGUUAAAUCUAGUACCCAUUUGUAGACCUUUGAAAGAGCUUCGAUAUGACUAGUUUUACGUCAAAUGAUUCAUCCCAGAUCAAAAUUUAUGACCGUUUAAAAUUUGGUCUGUAGUGAGACAUGGGUAGGCCUCAUAAGACAGUGUGACCGUGUUUCCUUCGAUUUGUGUGACUGCCAAUGUCCAGCAAGCGACACUGUUGUGCUUAUGGGCAUGGCUAGCCCAUGUUCUCUUCAAUUGGGAGUGCAUGGUUUAAAAUGGUCGCGCUUCCUUCUUCUCUUAAUAGGCUCAUUAAUGGAAGAUCUUUUGAAUUUUUCUUGUGUCGAGACAAGAUAUUUCCUUACUCUCUUUCCACUAGCUCUUUGCCCUUCACCAAAUAUGCUUGAUCUUAAUGGCUUGCGAUGUCUCCUAAAUCUUACUCGUGGAGGAACAAGAUACUUGCUCGCUCCAUCUCUUGGUCCUUUAUCAAAUACGCUCAACUUCAUAGGGUUUAGGUCUUUCAUUUGACUCUUCUAUUGCCAUCCACCCUAAAUAAUUUUCCCUACAACAAGCAUGCUCAAUAAAAAUUUGAUUAGUAGCCUUAGAUAGUUUAAAUGAAGUUCAUCAUCAGUUGCGGUUUCAGUGGUGGCUAGGAAAGGAUUUCCUGAAUCUUUGAGGUUUGGAGGUAAUUGAAUCAAAGCUAUAUGCUACUUUGUCAAAGUCUCAAUUUUAUAUUCCUCGAGUUCCUUUUUGUGUGGUAUCCGAGUGGCUUCCAUCUCUUUGCAUCUUGUGGCUGAGAAAGACUUUUCUAGAAUAUUCAGAGUUUGAGGAUCCUCAUCCAUCUCUAAUAUAACAUAAUUGGAAGACCCAAAUGAAUUUCCUUCUUCAAAUGAUGUCUCAAUGACUCUAUCCUCUUCAUUUCUUGUAUAUUCAUCAUAUCCAGUGCUCUCCUCAGGCUCCUUAAAAGCUUCAAUGAUCCUUGAAAUGAUAUCGUUAAAAUUUUCAAAAGGAUCGAUCUUGGGUUGACAUGAAAAUUCAUUUGGAGCUCUUGAGAAGAACUAGGAACAUGUACAAUUUGAAUUUCCAACACAGAAUGAUUAAGAAAGGUAUCAAUGUUGUCCAUCAACUUUUUGACUAUGUCCAUAGUAGCUUAAUGUUGUUGACUUGACUUCUCCAUUUGUUUAGUUUGAGUUGCGGUGAAGUUCUCUAGUAAAUUUUCUAAGUCAGAUUUUGGUGCUUGUUGGAAUCCCCAUGGUGUUCCCUAGUUCUCCUCAGUUCUCCUCUACUUGAUCUUGAUAGUUCAUGUAAGAAAAAUUUGUAGGUUUCUCCGGUCAGAGUUAAAGGUGUACUCACAUGGAUCAUCCCACAACCACUGGCUGUAGUUGGGAGGACACCCCAUUAUACCCCUGUACUCCAUGUGAAGGGUCAAAUACUACCAGACAAUUAUUAUAUUUAUGACCUAUUUUUUUCAUCACAAAUUUCAUAAAAAUCUUUAGUAGAGUUCACAACAGUAUCUUGACCGAACAAUUGAGUUAGAAUAUCUAUCAUAGACUUUUAGAAUUAUACCAGCGUGCUUACCCAAACAUGAUGCCUACUUUCAAGGUAGUCUUACAAAAGUGACUGCUUUUUCAGGGGGACUCCUGUCACGAUAUCCAAUGGUCCUCUAGGUGCUAUCUCCUACUUCGUGACUUCGAUCGGGGUAAAUCUAUUAAGCUUUGUGAUAGCCAAUGGUGCCCUCAUGGGGUUUUAGACUACUUUCAUGAACAACCUCUCAAGUCUCGGUGCUUAUGGGUCAGAGAAAUGAGUUCACCUUUCAGUCAUUCCCCACGUCUCAUGGGAUAUGAAGAUGCAUGUUAAUGUCAUAAUCAUGUAUGCGCAAUAAGGUUGGAUCAUGGAUCAACACAUUGUGUAGUAAAAGAAAGAUGAAUAUACAUAAAGGAGAAAAAUGAGUUACUCUUUCAUCCUAGAAUUUAGAGUAAUACUUUAUGGAGAUGGAGUUACAAUGCAAAGAUAAGGAAGAAGACAUUCUAAAACUCAAAAUCAAGUAGAAAAAGAGAAGAGAAUGUAUAGUUGUGUGCCGAUCAUCAUCUUCGGAUGAACUCCAAGCUUGAUGGUGAAUGAAAACUCCAACGAUUCCUUGGAAACAAUUCUCUUAGGUUUCCUAUUACGGGGAAACACCUCCUCUAGAGAGGGGAUACCCCCUUGAUCCCUUGAUGCCCCUUUGGUUCUUUUAUAGCCUCCAAGGAUAUCAAAAGUAACAAAUUUUCCUAAAAAGUUAGGGAUUCUUUCCUAAAAUGCAAAAUAUCUUAAAAAAUAGGGGGAGCGUUGCCCAUGAGCCACGACCAUGCUGGGAGGCACGACCUGGCAGUGUUGCUCCAUGUCGGCAAAAAAGAGGGCUGGACACGAUCAUGCUAGGUGGCACGACCAAAUUGUGUUGCUGGCUAGCUCGGCUAACACAACCGUUCUUGUGGGCACGACCUAGGCGUGUCGGAGACUGACCAAACUAGUUUUGUGGCAAGAGGGGGCACGACCAUGACUAUGGGCACGACUAGCCCAUAUCAGACUCUGCAAACUCCAUGGUUUCUCCGUUUCACAUCUAACAACGACUGGAGGAACACGCUCAUGUCACAGGACAUGACCAGAGCAUGUUCUUGCACCCUCUUUUAUUUGAAUGUUUUGAAUCAGGUUUAGUAAUAGAUCCUUUUUAGUAGUUCUUGAAUCAACUAAACCUUCACAUAUUUCAAUUAGUUUCUCCCAAAGUUGUUUAGCACUAUUUAAUUAGCUGACUUUUGUCAGUUGUAGGCCUGUUCAGCCGGUUGGUUAAUCGGUUUACCGGUUUAUCGGUUUCGGUUAAUUUCGGUUUAUUAUUGAUCCUGUCGGGAAGCUGAGAAGACGAACCUACCGGAAGGACGUGUCUGGAAUGUUGACCGCAUCUCCAUGACCCGGAUGGUGAGCUGUCUCCUGUGUUGACCAAAUCGCCUGGAAUCCUUUGGUCAACAGCACCUGUAGCCAUCGACCGGGUUGCCUCGGUCUUUGGUACCUCGAUGCUCGAGGCGAGUCCCAAUAAUGCAUAAGAAACAAGCUGAAUAAAUAGUGGAAUAAUGAAGUAAAUAGAGAACGAGUACGAUGACGUACCCUGGCCCCGAGGGGGGGGGGCGCCCUCAGAUGGAUGGUUGAGCUGAUCUAGUCAUCACGUCCCUGACGAGUGGAUGAGUGUGAACCAGUUGAGGAAACAGAUCUGAGGGUGACAGCAUGGAAUCCGAUGUAGCCUGGAUCCGGAAAGCGGCAUGUAGGCCGGGACAUGACAACGGCUCGCAGGCCGAUACGUGGCACGCAUGCCGAAUAGUACAGAUAACUCACACUCAUAAUAACGAUAGAACUCGCUCACAAUCUUUCAGUAAUUUACGACCGAGUUUGUUUGUCUUGUAGAAUCCACUUAAAAAACUUCAAACAAAUUCAGGAGGAAAUAGAAGUUCUUAAAGAAGAAAACAAGAAGUUGGUCAAGAACUUGAUAAAUUUGACAAAGGUGACAGUAGAAAAUAAAUCACUCACAGAAAAACAACUUAAAGAAGUGGUUUUAAACAUUAUUCGACAGCCUAAAAUAAUUGAAGAAUGAACUCUGCAAUUGUCAGAAGAGCUAAAGAAGAAACUGGAUAGAGUUGAAACUUUGUUACAUGAAAUUGAGACUUGGACGUCUUCAUGAAUGAGUUACAUCAAUACUCAGGCUACAAAUUCAUAUAAAGAAGCUCUCCAAGCAACUGAAAGCCUAGAAUCACCUUCUUUAGGCUUUUGUCGACCAGCUGAAUAUAAAGGAGCUAUCAGUAGUUCUAUAGCUACUAUUAAGCAAUCAAAUACUCAGAUUCAGCUAUUAGUAACCAUUCUUGAGAAGUUAGAAACUCUUGAUGACCGCUUAAAGAAGCUUGAAGCCGAAGUCCAAAAAUUCGGAACACCCUCUUUGCCAGACACAGUUAUUGAUAAUUUAACUGAAAAAAAUCAAGAGUCUCAAAAUACAGGAAAAACCAAAAGAGCAAAAAGGAAAGCUCAGAGUAUUUUCCGACCCAUUCACUUUGUUUAAAGAAGAAAAAGCUAGAGAAAGAGGCAAGUAAUGGCCAUCAGAACACGGUUACAAGAUCCUCCUGUAACAACCCUUACCAGAAGUAUAGCAGCAGAAGAACACCCAAUGUUUGAAGAUCAAGUGAGGGAAUACAGGCAAGGGCAGAGGCGUAGAUACAAUGCUCAGAGAAGACUCCAGAGGAUUACUAGAAGCAUCACCGGCCAAGGACCUUUUAACCAAUCUCUAGAGCAGCAGCUUGAUCCUCAAAUACAAUUGAGGUUAUCUAUGCAAGAAAGAACAUCAAUAGUAGCAGCUGAGGUACUAUAUCACUCACGAAGGGAUGAUAUCCAUCAUCGAGUCUAUAUGCAUCGAUCGGAGGAAGCUAUUCUGGUUACUACAAACCAGGUUGAUCGAGCACUUAUUCAACCAGAAAGUUUUAUGCAACUUCAAAGAAGCGGGAUGCGAUUCAUUCAUAUGGGAGUUAUUCAAGUCAGAGUUCAAAUACUUCAUAGACAAGAAGAAGGUACGCUUCUAUUAAUUGUCUUUCGAGAUAACAGGUGGCAAGGAGACCAAGCUAUAUUCGCCAUCAUGGAAGUAGACCUGACGCAAGAGAGCCAGUUGGUAUAUGUGAUACCUGAUACCAUGCUAACUAUCUCAGAUUUCUAUAGAAAUAUACAAAUUUCUAUUUUAGCCAGGGGCUAUGAAGGCUGGCAGAAUGGGGAUGUCAAUAUUCUAGUUACCAGAGGAAUGGUUGGACGGCUAUCCAACACCCCAAAUGUCGGGUUUGCCUAUGAAAUACAGAAUGUGGUGGACUAUCUAAUUACUCAUGGAGUUAGAGCGUUACCAGGCAGAAGGUAUAAUACUAGAGAAGUACAAGGGCAAAACUGGAUUAUUCAUCAAUCCUGCAUCAACAUCCCCAUGCAACCAACAGAGAUAGCAGUAACUCCCAUAACUUUGGAAUUGCAAAUGGAGCCUGAGAUCCAAGCAUCUGCUUCUAACUGGCUUGCAACAGCUGUAAAAGGAGUUGAAGAGGUUACCGAUGCUGCAUAGCUUUUGACUUGUGUGUUGUUUGUUGAUAGUUUCGUUUUCAUUUCUGAUGGAAAGUUAUGUUAGUUCCAGUUUGUGCUGACUCUUGCUCACCAUAGUUUGUUGUGUCUGGAAAAACCCAUGCCUGAACCAUUCUAUUAUUAGCAAUAGUGGUGUCAACGAUAUGUGGUGAAGUAUUUGAUGCUUUC